GAGAGUGUAGACAAAAUUUCAUAAUUUUCAAUUAUAAUGGAGCAAAGAAUAAAGAAUGCAGUGAAACGAUUAGAUCAACUCGAUCAACGACUUAAUGAUUACAAACCAUUACUUGAUCAAAAUGUUUUAAACGCUGAAUUUGAGAUCAGAGCAAAUUUCAAAAGUUUAAUGGAAUUAUUAAGUAAACGUCAAUCAAAUCUACUUAUUCAACUCAAUAAUAUUUAUAAAGAAAAGUCUCUACUCAUUGAAAGUAAUAAACAAACAGUUGAAUCAUUAAAGAGUAUUCUAAUCAAGUCAUGUAUAACAAGUCGUAAUGAAAUUGAUUCAAGUGUUGGUGAAUAUAUUCGAAGAGCUGAAUUAAUCACAUUGACAACUGAUUUAACACCUUUUAUCGCUUUUCAUGCAGAGAAUAGACAAUUAAGUGAAGUAGUAUCAACAUUUGGUCGUCUCAUCUCUAGAUAUUCUGGUCAUUUUGCUGAUCCUAAUCAACCGUCUGUAUGUUUACCACGUGCAUUUGAAGAAGAAGAAGAUAAUAAUAAUAAUAAUGAUAAUGAUAAUAAUAAUAAUAAUGUAAGAAUUGGUAAAUCAACUCAUUCAUCUGUAUUCAAUUGUAUUAAAUCAUUACAAUGUUCAUGCAAUAAUCCAACAUUGAAGCCAUGGUUAUCUUCUAUUGAACAUAAAUGUCAACAAAAAUCUUCUUUACAUUCUAUAAGUGAUUCAAUGAAAGAGAGUGAAUUGUUUACUCCUAGAACAAAUUUGUUUUGGGCCAAUAAGUUGUCUGAUUCUCUUCUUCGAGAAAAAACUUCACCUCAGCAUAACUUUGGAUUGAGUCCUUCACAAUCAGCUGUACAUGUACCAUGUUAUCGACCAGAUUCUACUAUAGUUCGUACUUGGCUAGAAUUAAGGGAUAGACAACAACUAUCAGAGAGUAUGUCUUAUCAUCAAGGAGGAAAUGGGUUUAGUGAUGCUUUGAAAUGUCCUGGAUAUCUAGAUAAAUCUACCUCUGAAAGCUUUGAUAUACUGACAAAUUCUUCUCAAAAUAUGUCAAGUUUAAAAGAUUGGCUAUUCUGUGAUCCUGCUGAAUUGAUAGAUAUGCCUGGUCUGUCGACAAGUGCAAAUCGUUGCACUAGAGAUUACAAUUCGUCAGUAAAUAAUCGUUCAUGGUUAACACCAGAGAAGGAUACACCUGAAUUGAUCACUACAAAAAUGUCCACACUAUCUGUUGACUCAUCUUCUACUAGAGAACUUUUCCCUGAGCAUCUUAUUAAAUCUGGACCAAUUGAACUGUCACGCUGGUUAAGACAACAAUCACCACCACCAGUAGCAUCGAUGAAAUCUGAGACGUCUACAGAGUCGAAUGCACAAUUGUCUGUUGGACAAAAUCAGUGUGAUAAUGAAAGCAAAAAUAUUUCCACACCAGUAAGUAAAGUGAAUGAGAUAGAGAAGUUUAAUGCACCUGUGGAAUUCGAUACUCAAUACUGUCCAUUGUAUGGUAUUUGUCAAGGUGGUCCUGGUGGUCCAACAUGUUGUGGUGGUUGUUCUCUGUCUAAACUAACUUCAAUCAAUGUUUCAUCUCAACAAAAGAAACCAAUGAAUAGUCAAGAGUCAAGUGAAAAUCUCAGUGUUAUUGAACAAUCAGAAAAGUCAAAUCUAUCCACACUGAUAACAUCAUCCCUAUCGGAGACUAGUAAACCAAUUAUAGAAUCGAAUACUUCACUUGUCGACGAAUUGAUACGCAUUGCAAAUAGUGAAAUGAAACAAUGGAUUAUAAACGCUUCACAAUGUGAUUCCUGUGUAAAUUCUAGUUGUUGUCGUCGUUUACAGGAGCGACGACGACAACAACAACCUAACUCUGUUCAUCUGAAAGCGACUACAACAGUGUCUAACAAUGGGAUCGAUCAGAAUUGCUUAUCUCAAUUGAAGCUCGAUAACGAUAUGCAAGUAGACGAAGAGAAUGAUGAACCAGUCACUUUAUCAUCGAAUCGGUACAAUCUUGUUUCACCGAUUGAUUUGAGUGAAUCAAACAGAACAUGUUUCUCCCCAUUGAAAUGUACAACAUGUAUAUCUGUUACACCGAAGUCGUCGACCACUGAUGUUGCUGCUACUACUACUAUUUCUGAUAGUUAUGAGUAUUGGUUAAUUCAAUGUGGCAUUGAAGAGAACUAA